AUGGACUCCAUUGUUGCCCAAAUCCAUGCUCUGGCCGAAUCCGCCGACGAGGGCGACCGACUGCAGAUCCAGAUUGCCCUUCGGAAGACCCUCUCAGAGCUGCAAAGUCCCAAAGAUGUAGUAGUUGAUCUCAUGAAUUCGACUCUGCUGUGCGCGAUGAUCCGCGUCGGAGUAGACAUAGGGCUGUUCCGUACGUUGGCUGAGAAUGACAAGCCAUUCGAACUUGCAAAAUUGGCAGAAGCCACGGGUGCAACUCCUGAGCUUCUGGAGAGAAUUGCUCGAUAUCUGGCCUCGAACAACACAAUCAAGGAGGUUGGCAUUAACGAGUACCAAGCAAGCAAUAUCACCCAUAUUUUUUCUAGCGAUUUGGGUGAGGGCAUGGUCAACCACGGCUUUAAUACACACGGGCCUGUCAUUCAAGCACUGCCCGACUUCCUUGCAGCGAACAAGUACCAGGACAUCACCAGCAACACAAACACACCAUUCCAGGUUGCCCACAGCACCAAGCUCCAAUCUUUUGACUGGAUGGUGCAGAAUCCGGAACACUUCGCUUCCCUGCAGAAAGUUAUGACAGCCCUCAAGGGAGCGGAAUGGACCGUUGGUCUUGACACGCUUGAUAUUGAAGCAAAGAAAGUUGCUUCAACGCCUCCUCAGCCUUCCGAGAAGCCAUUCUUCGUCGAUGUCGGAGGUGGUCAUGGCCAUCAGUGCAUUCAGCUGGGCAAGAAGUAUCCCAAUCUUCUCGGCCGCCUCGUAUUACAGGAUCUACCUGUGGCCGUCAACAAGCUGUCUCCCAUCGAAGGCGUAAGAACCGAAGCGUACGACUUCUUUGAAAAGCAGCCAAUCUCCGGUUCGUGCUACUACCCUCAGGAAUCCUCUACACCAUCAUCUAACAUUGAACCCAUAGGAGCCAAGUUUUACUACCUCCGAAGAAUCAUGCACGACUGGCCCGACAAAGAAGCCGUAAAAAUUCUUCUCAACGUCACCGGUGCCAUGGCCCCAGAUUCCCGCAUUUUGAUCGACGAGAUUGUCAUGCCAGAUAUUGGAGCCCACUGGGAGGCCACUAUGCAAGACCUCGCAAUGAUGAAUAUGUGCGCUGGAAAGGAGCGUUCGAAACAACAGUGGUUGGAUCUCGCUGAUCGGGCGGGCUUGCGUGUCGAGAAGAUUCAUACUUACGUCCCGUCUACCUAUACUUCGGUUCUUGUUUUGGCUUUGAAGUAG